AUGUCUCAGAACAGCAGCAUGGUGGUGAUGAAGUCUGAUUCUGAAGACGAUUUCGUCAUUAUCGACUCUGAGCACACCGGUAUCGUGGAAAAGCUCGGGCAGGAGCACAAAAGAGUCAUAAAGGCUUUGAUCGACAAGCACGUGGGGGAGCUUGCUAUGCUGAGAGAUAGCUGCAACAGACGGGCUCAGGACGACGCCAGAACUGCCAGUCUAUCAGUCAAUCGACACAAUGAGCGCUACCAGGAGGAGAUCAGGGACCUGAAAGACGCUCUUGCUGCCGAGAAGGACAAAACAGCUCUCACGGGCAAGUCUAGCUACAGAAUGUCCGACAACAAUCAGAUGUCCUACAAAAAUCAGAGGGUGAUCAAAUACACUGAGCAAGAACUCCAAGCUGCCUUGAACAAGAUCACCAAAGAUAACAAUACCAAGGCGCAGGAGCGCAUCAAUGAAGGAAAAACCAUGCUCGGGGCCCUCAUCGUCGCCCACAACGAAGCCCUCUCCGACCUCGCUCACCAGAAGCUUCGCAUCGGCAAAGUGAUCACCGCUCACAAGUACGAAGUGGCCCAGCUCCGUAUCCAAGCCUCUGAAGCAGGAGAUGAGGCCUUCCGGUGCUAUCACCAGGCCCAGUCCUACUACGCCGAUGCACAGGGAGCUAGAGACGAGGCAGCUCACAAAGACCAAAUCAUCCAGGUCUCACAGCAGCAGCUACAGAGUUUACAAGCGCAGCUCUAUGAGAAGACGCAAGAGGCUGUGAAAUUUCAGAGCCAGCUUGAUGCUUCUGCUGCCAAGAACAAUGAACUUGUGACCCAGCUUGACGCAAUCCGCAAGAUCGACAAUACCAUGAGCACCUCCGAGGCUCCUUCUAACACUCACACUUGA